AUGCCCGAAUUUUUUCCCUUCAUCCCCGGAACCGAAACAAGCGCCGCCAGUUCCCGCCUUCAUGGCGCCGACAACACCUCACCACUACUUGGUCGCUUCCGCGUGGUUCCACCCCGCGCAAACCCUUCCUCAUCUCGCAGCAUCUUCUCGUCACGAUGGCAGUCCAGUACGUCGGCGAACCAACUCUCGAUCCCUGGGAGAGGCAGUGUGCAUAUCGGAUAUGGUGCCCUGAUCGCUGCUGGACUCGACGAUGAUGACGAUGACGGCGUUGGGGACUGGAGCUCUGACGAUGACGAAGAUGAGGAUGAUGGACACAACAGAGCCCACCAGAUGGCGAGGAUUUGGCGCAGGACCGCUAAGAAGACGAAACGUAAUGUAGAGGACCUCUGGGUUGCGCCGAGACAGGGCGCCGUACGUCGUGUUGUUGAGACUUGGUGGAGUCGCUGGGGGCUCUUGGUCUUCUUGCCUGCUGUUUUGGCAGUGGCUUGGUGCGCGGUUCCAUUCCCACAAUAUCCGCUUGAUGCUUCACAUUCCAAGCCGCACACCUUGAUGGAUACCUUCUUUACAGCCAGCCCUGAGGAUCUGAGUCGUCCACCACUAUCAAACCAUCGCAUCCCCGGCCACGGUGAAGCGCGUGUGCAAGUGAACUUCUGGUUCUUUCUCUUCGUUUACUACGGGUUCUACAAUCUUACUGCUUUAAUAUGGAUCACCAAAGUUUUUAAUUUAUACUCGCUAAACUGGUGGCCAUCGGCGUUGGGGUUUCCACUGACCAUCUCCCUCAUUGCGAUCCUUUCAAUCGCAGGGCCUAUCCCCAUCUACCUUAUCCCAGAGGUCCGAUUCCUAACUAUUCACAACACCGCAUGGAUCAGUUGGACGUUCAUUAUCAUGGCGUUGCCCGUCGCUAUUGCCUUCUGCAUCCUAAUGACGAAUGAGCGGCAUCUAGGCCUUCGACACUCGCUCUCCGAAACCCAGCGGAUAUUCACCAGCUCCUGGUGGACCGGUGAGACCGGAGGUUCGAUGCGGGACUACGCACGCAGCCGCCGCGGCCAACGGUGGGGACUCGGCCCAGGGCCCCUUGAUCCCGACACUGCCGCCUUGCAGAUCGCCGCCGAGCAUUCACCACCCCAGACCAAUGCGUUUAUGCAGCGGCGCCGGUGGUUGCCUGCGAGCUUUGUUCGUUUCGUGUGGUUUUGUUUGGCUCUAACAAUAAGUUUGCUCGCAUAUCUGAUAGGAGAGGCAUAUGCCGAGAUCUACUUGCGCACCCUCCCGCACAACAGUUGGGAGACUAUUGUAUACGUCUAUAGCUGGGUCAUCACCGUCCACCUGUUAGAUCUACUGACUGGCUGGAUUCUCGGUGGUAACGAGGGGGAGCGAGUAGGCAGCUAUCCCUUGAGCUGGAUAUUCAAGUUAUAUUUCAUGCUGACCUACCAAACUUAUGUACGAGCAUUGUACGCCCGUUUGCGAUCACCUCAGCAGUUCAUCUGGCUGCAGGCUCUUUCUUCGGGCUUCCUCAUCAUUCUGACGCCGUUAACCAUGACCGAAACGUAUCAUCGAGCGCUUACGAUGCUAGGGCUAACAGCCCAAUCUUACGGCUCGUAUCAGAAAAUUUGUACACGGAACGUAUUCAUUCGAUUCCUUGCUGAGAACGUGAGUAUGUUGACUUUCCUGGGGAGUAUCUUGGUCUUACACUUUGGACCCAAUACGGACGUAUACCCAUAUUUCGCGUUUGAUGACCCUGACGAGCCUUAUAACUUCAAACUCACGCUAAUUGCGUCCAUUGUUACCUGGGCUUGCGAGUUAGUUGCGGGCAUCGUGCUCAGAGGCCUUAUCCGCUGGAUCUUCGGCGUCAAUGCUAACAUCGAGGGCCGUAUGGAUUUGGCGGUUUGGCCCGAGCUACUCCCCACGAGUGUUGCUGUUAUGCUCCAUGUAUUGCAAAACAUGCUGUUCUCCAUCAUCCGACUACAUUUUUAGUAGAAGGAUAUGGUGCCGGUGGAGUAUUGUAGACGACGACUGAUGGUCGCACGAUGUUGUCCACCAAUUGUGAGCAGAUUAGCCUACCGCAGUGGGUGAUUUCUCCAUCUCGUUCGAUUCGCAGUGGCCAAUCAAAUCGGUGAUCCCCUCACUAUCACGGCCCCAAAAAUUGUCGGGUGGAUUACCUGGCGGCUAUACAGAUGCUCAGCUUGUCCUGCCUAUUGCCCCAGCCCCCAACGAGAGAAAGCAGAUGUUGCGGUGAUAUUCAAGUUUUUAGAUCUUGCCUUUUUGUUAUUUACGCCAUUGUUGUUACUCUGGUUUGGCGACGUGCUGCAGAGAUGCCCAAUGCACAGCCGAUUGAUACCCCCAUCUAGAAUUGCCAAGUUAGAUAUACCAUCCCUAAUCAUAAUAUAAUUGUUUCGGAAACACCCGACUGCAGGUUUGUGAGCUUGGAGGGCC